CGCGCAAUGGAAGAGAGACUGAGAGACCACUCGACCCUCCGAUAAGUAACUAGCGCCCGUCACAUGCACGUCCAUUCGUGGAAGGAACGGGGGAAAGUGGGGGGGGAUCCUUGUCGGUCCGCGGCCCCUGCUUUUUUGGUCCUCGUCCAUCAAGGUCCGUGCAUCUUUUUUGAUGUGCAACGACGUCGGUACCUCACUCAGUCCUAGCUUACCUUGAAUAAGGUAUCUCGAAUUAUUAUUGAAGCUCUCAUCAUUCACCACCAAAACCACCUCAAACGACAUCCAUUCUUAACGUCCUCGCGCCCCAUAGAGGCACCCUCCGAUCACCAUGCCUUCCGACCUCUCUUCAUAUCUCGCAACACGCUACCUAGUAGCAGAUCCGAAACCAACCAAGAAGCGCAAGCGCAAGCAAGCCACUGAAACCCAAGGCCUCAUCAUCGCAGACGACGACGACGACGCCGGCUGGGGCAACUCCAACGCACAAGACGACGACGCAGAAUCAGGACCGUCCCUCGUAUCAGGCACCUCGGCAGAAUUCAGAAGGACAAAGAAAUCAAAUUGGAAGACGGUCGCCGCCGCCGCUUCGUCAAAAUCGCAAGGCAGCGCUGGCAACAAUGGCGGCGAUGACGACGACGACAGCGCAGCAGCAGCAAACGCAAUCCUCGCCUCAACAGCAGCAGAAAACGCAGCAGCCGGGACCGCAGACGACGAAAUGCCCAUAAUUGAAGGAGAGGCUCGCGACGUGGUGAAAAUGAGCGACGGCACCCACGCAGGCCUCCAAUCCGCUGCUGCCGUCUCAGCACAACUCCGUCGCCGCCAACAAGCCGAAGAAGCCGAAUUCGCCAAACUCCGAAAACACGGCAAGGAAGAAGAGACAGUCUACCGCGACGCCACGGGCCGACGCGUCGACGUCUCCAUGAAGCGCGCCGAAGCGCGAAAACUAGCGCUCGAGGCGGAAGAAAAAGAACGGCAGGCCAAGUUGGCGCCGAAGGGCGAUGUGCAACUCGAGAAUGCAAGGAAGCGCAGGGAGGCGCUGGAGGAUGCUAAGCUCAUGACGUUUGCGAGGACGGCGGAUGAUGUGGAGAUGAAUAACGAGCUCAAGGAGCAGGAGAGGUGGAAUGAUCCCAUGGCGCAGUUUUUGAGCGAGAAGACGGGCGGUGGUGGUGCGGGGGCAAAGGGUAAGAAGGGCAAGAGGCGGCCGGUGUAUGCUGGUGCUGCGCCGCCGAAUCGGUAUGGUAUCAAGCCGGGGUACAGGUGGGACGGCGUCGAUAGGAGUAAUGGGUUCGAAGGGGAACGGUUCAAGGCGAUUAAUCGCAAGGAGCGGAAUAAGGGACUCGACUACGCCUGGCAGAUGGACGAAUGAUCGGUCUGAGAUGCCCCCGGUUUACUUUGGUCCAGGCAUCGAAUUUCAACGAAGAAUUACAACAUUGAGUACCCCUUACUAUUUUCGUUUGCGACCUUUCCAGAUCUCAACCAUGAUCAAAAAUGGCGUUGAACCCAAAGCCUGUAGAGCUCAAUGUGAGGACGAUAUAUCCAUUCGAGACUAGCCGGCAUUGUGCUUCAUCAGGAUGGUGAAAUAUAAACUACGUAGGGCAAAGGAUACUCUAGUCGCCUGGGCUAUGUGCAGCCAAG